ACCGCCCAGGUCCCAAGCACUAUUUGGUGUCAGAGCUCUGCUCCACGCCAGGGGUCCAUCGCCUCUGGGAGGAAUAUCUCAGAAGAGCAGCGACUUCGCCAAGCUACAAACUGCCUGCAUGCCUAAGAUGCUGGUGCCGGGACACACCGGGCUCCUCCUGGCUUUUAUAGGCACAACUGAAUCCCAAAGCAACGCAGCAGAAUUCUGAAAUGCUCGGUUCUAGCCCUCUCUUGUCCGAUCAGUAACUGAAACCGUUGCAGCUAUCAACUACAGAAAUGGGCAGCAAAACCUUGCCAGCACCGGUGCCCAUCCACCCAUCCCUGCAGCUCACCAAUUACUCAUUCCUUCAGGCGGUGAAUGGCCUGCCUGCUGUCCCUUCGGACCACCUGCCCAACCUGUAUGGUUUCAGUGCUCUGCAUGCUGUGCAUCUGCACCAAUGGACGCUGGGCUACCCAGCCAUGCACUUGCCACGUUCCUCUUUUUCUAAAGUGCCAGGUGCGGUGUCCAGCCUGAUGGACGCUCGCUUCCAGUUGCCCGCCUUUCCCUGGUUUCCUCACGUCAUUCACCCUAAGCCAGAGAUCACCGCGGGAAGCAGCGGUGCAGCGCUUAAAUCCAAGCCGCGCUUUGAUUUCGCUAACCUGGCCUUGGCUGCCACACAAGAAGAUCCCUCCAAGCUCGGUCGAGGGGAGGGUCCUGGCUCCCCAGCUGGUGGGCUGGGUGCCCUCCUGGAUGUGACCAAGCUAUCCCCAGAAAAGAAGCCCACAAGGGGACGCCUGCCUUCCAAGACUAAGAAAGAAUUUGUCUGCAAGUUCUGUGGCCGUCACUUCACUAAGUCUUAUAACCUACUCAUCCACGAGCGGACACACACCGAUGAGCGGCCUUACACCUGUGACAUCUGCCACAAAGCCUUCCGGAGGCAAGACCACCUACGGGAUCACAGAUAUAUUCACUCCAAAGAGAAGCCUUUCAAGUGUCAAGAGUGUGGGAAAGGAUUCUGCCAGUCCCGGACUCUCGCUGUCCACAAGACGCUACACUCACAAGUGAAGGAGCUCAAAACCUCCAAGAUCAAAUGCUAAAUAAACAGAACCUGCGGGGCACCAGGACCCUGGGCCGUGCUGCUGCCUCUUUUUCCAGAGGGACCCAAGCUAAAGGCGACUCUGCAGGCAGCGGGAGGGGCUUUCGGGAUCUUUCUUCCACACCAACACAGUCCCCUGGGUCCCUAGCGCUCGUGGCGCUCCAGAGCUUUG